UGCAUCGCGCAUGCGCAAACGGAUCGGGCAAGCCCAGUUACUCGGGCGGUGACACAGACGUUAGCAUUUAGCAUUGCUCAAGCUUGUCAGUGUGCUCGAUGUAAAGCAUCGACAUGUUGAAACAGUUGGUGAAAGAGCGACUAAUGGCGGCAGCUGAUGAAAUAUUCGCGCUGUUUGAAAGCACGUUAACGUCGUACGAGGAGGAACUUUCUCGAACGAGAGAGGAGAAGGAGCGACAUCGACAACAACUGGAAGCUGCUUGCAAAACUCAAAUUGUGCUACACGUUGAAGAUGGCCAGCAGCGUCGUCAAGAAGAACAUCCCCCUACGCCACGGGAGGGAAGCUCCACGUUGAAGCAGGAGGAUCCACAGCCCCCCCACAUUAAAGAGGAAGAGGAGGAACUCUGGAUCAGUCAGUCAGGAGAAGAGUGUUUUCUCGGGCCGCGGGAGGCUGAUCUCACCAAGUUGCCUCUGACUGGUGUCUCUGUGAAGACUGAAGACAAACCCCAAGUUGACAACCUCUUAGCUCCUCUAUCAGAUAGUGACGACAUGACAUCACACUCUGCUGAGGAUGAAGACGAGGACAACACCCAAGAACCUUUGAGCAGCGAUACAGACUGUGAGGGUGGCAUGAGGACUCACACCGACAACAAACACCCCGAAUGCUCUGAAAAUAAGACGGACAAAAAACGUUUUACCUGCUCGGUUUGUGGCAAAAGCUUUUGCGUCAAAAAGGAUUUUGCGCGGCACACGAGAACGCACACGGGAGAAAAACCUUUCAGUUGCUCGUUCUGCAGUCAACGGUUCACUCAGAAAGACAAUAUGAUCUCGCACAUGAGAACGCACACCGGAGAAAAGCCUUUUAGUUGCUCACUUUGCUGCAACAACUUUUCCCAGAGGUCCACGCUGACCGCACACAUGAGAACACACACGGGGGAAAAGCCUUUCAGCUGCUCAGUUUGCGCCAGCACUUUUUCUCAUAAGGGCUCCUUGACGGUGCACAUGAGAAAGCACACGGGGGAGAAACCGUUUAUUUGUUCAAUUUGCGGCGAUACGUUUUCUCGGAGGGCCAGUAUGGAAUUGCACAUGAGGAAACACACAGGAGAAAAACCUUUCAGUUGUUCAGUUUGCGAUAAAGGUUAUUACCAUAAGAAGAGCUUGAGGGCGCACAUGUCAACACACGAUGCAGAGUAAAUGUUUUCAUGUCCAGUUUGUGCUCAAGUGGUUGAAGUGUAUGGUCACGAAGUAGUCGUUAGUGUUUCCCAUGUAUUCAAAAUUAUAUGUAAGACUGCCACAAGUAAUAAACAUAAAUAUAUACGGUAUAUAUAUUUUGUUUGUAUUUUUUAAAGGUGUUGCGCUACAGUAACAGUGUUUCCCAUAAACUGCCAAGAUACCUGUGGUGGUGGGGGCGUGGCUAUGGGC